UAGUAACGUAUCCAAGACGUAUCAUAUCCUAAAUUUCAAAAAACUGUCAUAUCUCGAUAUCCAUAUUGUAUCUUACCCAUGUCGUACUAAGUAUAUGGCCUUCAUAGGCUGACAGCAAUAAGUUCACAAAAGAGUUCAAUGAUUUCUUAAGCAGCCAUCAUGUUCUCCUCUAUGAUAAUAUGCUCUACCUGCACAGAAGACCACAUGAAGAACAUAACUACCAAAGAAAAAAGUACCGAAAUGAUUUUCUUGCUGUCCAGAACCAUUGGCUUAAAAUUCUCAAACAGAAAAAAAAAUUCAAGAUUAAACAUCAUAUGCAAAUCAGUUUUAACCUAAUUCGAGCCGUGGCUUCUUGGCCAGUCUGAAGUAGCUUGGCAAUAUCACGCCGCAUAUUCUUCAGCUGAAUCUCUUUUCUGUUUCUUAGCAGCUCUAUACGGGGAAUUGUCAGUUUCAGCAGUACAAGUUACUUAUAGAUAAAUGAAAUGUCAAAGAACUAACAACAACAAUAAUUAAAAAAAGAAACACCAAAAUAGAACACUUGUCCAGAUGACCUAUUGCAAUAAACAUAAUCCUUUAGAUCAAACUGAAAUACAGCCCUCAGAAUUCAUGUAUGAACAAUUAAACCAUAAGUAGAAAAAAAACCCAAUUACUGAGUAAAUAAAGAUAAGAAAUAAUUCAGGAUAAACUAUCUGUAAUAGUUCAACAAGACUAAUUGAUGCACAGUACAUAACUCCUUGAGGGGGAGCGCUGAAGUUCAGCUAUUAAAUUCAUUUUCAAAGUAUACAAAAUAUACAAUUGCAAGAAAAUAAAUAAUAAAACCCCAGAUUAUAUACAAAAUCAAAUAAAUAAAUAAACAGUACCACCUGAAAGCCUUAAAAGUUGAAACCCUUGUGAAGAAGGAAUCAAACAUGGCCAUGGUGCGGGUUUCGAUCAGAACCAAACCCUAAUCACAGAAAAAUAAAACCCAGAUACUAAAUAUCGAGGAUUGCUGUGACAUUUACGAUAUCGAAGACGAUUUUGGAAAUUUCAGGUUUCGAUUUUUUUUUAACUUGAGACAGAGUAACUCCUGGAAGAGUGUGAUGGUGAGGGACUAUCCACACUAAGGCACUCAAGACAUGCCAGACUCAUUGUGACUCUUGCAAUCUUCAGCAACAAGUUGUGUCAGAAAUAAGAUCUGAUUGAAACAAAAGACACAAUUGCAAUUUUUACUGUGCAUUGAUUCUCACAUUAGACUGAAUCUGUGGUGCCUAGAGAGUGGGAUGUAGCUUGUAAAAGUAUGGGAAGAAAGAAUAUCAUAGUUAACAAAAUUUUGAAUCAUCUAUCUUGAAAGAUUUGAUCAACUUUCACACUUCUUCUCAAAAGAAUGCACUGUGUGAGUAAGAAAUAUUUGAUCUUCUCAGCAUGUUUCUAACACCUUAGAAAAACAAUGAAGCAUCAAAUGUGGUGAUUAUCAACCUCAGAAUGAUUUUCCCUUGCAGAAUCACAUAUUUGAUUAUGUCAAAGGGCACACUUGGGGCCCUCAUGAUCUGGAACUGUUUACAAAAUAAAAAACCGAAAAUACCCUCGUUAAAUGAGGGGUUUAGGGUUUUUUUUUGUCCUUUCAUUCGAAUUAUAUAGGUCUUGUUUCUUGACCCAAUGAGUGAAGCAUUUUAUCUUUUGCUCUAAGCCGCAAUUUUCCCUUCUCCCCCUCUUUCUCAGACGAUCUGCUUCUUCUCCGGUAAUAGUGUAGUUUCACUUUUCCAAUGGUUUCGGUCAUGGUGCACGAAAAUGGCAAGAGGGGGAAGCCAAACAUUCUGGUGACUGGGACGCCAGGGACUGGGAAGACAACUGUGUGCACUGCUCUAGCAGAAGCAACCCAGCUCCGCCACAUCAAUGUUGGAGAAUUAGUCAAAGAAAAGAACUUGCAUGAUGGCUGGGAUGAUGAGCUUGAUUGUUAUGUUAUUAAUGAAGACUUGGUCUGCGAUGAACUUGAGAAUGUUAUGGAAGAGGGGGGAAACAUUGUGGACUACCAUGGCUGUGAUUUCUUUCCUGAGCGAUGGUUUGAUUGUGUGGUUGUACUUCAAACUGAUAACACCAUUUUAUAUGACCGUUUGAGUAGAAGAGGGUACAAUGAUUCAAAGCUUUCGAACAAUAUUGAAUGUGAAAUUUUCCAAGUUCUGCUUGAGGAGGCUAAAGAAAGUUACUCGGAGGACAAAGUAAUUGCAAUGAAGAGUGAUAAUAUUGAUGACAUUAGUAGAAACAUUGCAACUCUGACAGAUUGGGUCAGAAAUUGGCCUUUACCCUCAUAAUCUUGACAAAAAAAUAGGGUAUUUUGUAUAUACCAUAUUCUAAGAGAAUGAUGAAAGUGUUUCUAAGAUCAACAGCUAAACUCUAAAGACAAAUUUUGGUUUGGACCAUGUGGCUUGUACUUUGGGAUAUUUAUGUUAUGAGUUUUAAAUAUGUCAUUUAAAAGGGCAUUUAACUUUUA